CUGACGUUUUGUUCUUUUCGCUGCAAACAUUUUCAGUACGUCGAAGCUGCUGCAAUUUUUACAAUAUUUUCCAAUAAAAUAGUACAGUUAUUCAAGAGUAGGAAAUAAAAUGAAACCGCUGAUGUUACAAGGGCACGAGCGUGCCAUUACGCAGAUCAAAUACAAUCGGGAAGGCGAUUUAAUUUUUUCAACUGCGAAAGAUCAUAAGCCAUCGGUAUGGUUUUCACUAAACGGUGAACGGUUAGGAACCUACAAUGGUCAUCAGGGUGCAGUCUGGUGUGUUGACGUCGAUUGGACUACGACCAGGUUGAUAACCGGAAGUGGUGACAUGUCUACAAAAUUGUGGGACGUUCAAACUGGUCAGGUGCUUGGAACGAUCAGGUGCAGUUCGGCAGCGCGUACCGCUAAUUUCAGUUAUUCGGGAAACCAGGCGUCAUACUCGACCGACAAAGCUAUGGGAAGUAAUUCUGAGUUAUUCAUCAUUGACGUAAGAAAUGUUGAUUCCAGUAUCAGCGACCAAAAUUCAGUAUUCAAGUUUACUAUGAAUCAACAAACAAAAAUUACUUCAAUGCUCUGGGGCGCUUUGGACGAAACUGUUAUUACUGGUCAUGAGAAUGGUUCAAUCCGGAUCUGGGAUCUGCGCGCAGCUAGAGAGCUAAACUCGGUCACUGCUCACACUAAUGCUAUCAAUGACAUGCAGCUGUCAAAGGAUGGAACCAUGUUUGUAUCCGCUUCCAAGGACAAUACUGCAAAGCUUUUUGAUUCGGAAAACUUGAUGUGUCUAAAGACGUACAAAACUGAACGACCGGUUAAUUCGGCUGCUAUCAGUCCUAUUAAUGAACAUGUUGUUUUGGGUGGUGGUCAAGAAGCUAUGGAAGUCACUACAACUUCGACCAAGGCCGGUAAGUUCGAUUCGCGAUUCUUUCAUCUUGUAUACGAAGAAGAGUUUGCUCGCGUUAAGGGCCAUUUCGGCCCUAUCAACAGUCUGGCCUUCCACCCGGAUGGUAAAAGCUACGCGACAGGAGGAGAAGAUGGUUUUGUGCGUGUUCAAGUUUUUGAUCCUUCGUAUUACGAAUACGUAUUUGAGUAAACGACUUCGGUAUAUCGGUAAUUAAAGGUUUCAAGACUUGAAAUUUAUUAGGGAAAAAAUUGUCCAGAACCGUGUGAAGUCCAAAAAAAUUUGCGGCUAUUGUAAACGUCAUACAUCGUUUAGUAUAAACAAAAAUAACUCCAGUACUAAACGCCAGCUCCUUUGCCUGAAUAAAAGUUGGAU